AUGGAGAAGACGAUUAUUGACAAAAAAGUUAACGAAUCUGAAAUCGAGCCACUAUCGAACGGUAAAGGUUCUUUAUUGUUAUACGCCAACAUACCGAAAAAUGAGUCGCGCAAGAAGUAUUUCAUAUCAGAUACGAGACGAGCAUUGUCUCAAUACUGUGCAAGCGGGGCUUUGAGUUUAUUGAUGAUAUCUUUCGGCACGAAUUUCGGUUUUUCAGCAAUACUCAUCGCCGAGCUUCAAAGCAGACGCGAGAAAGAUGAAAAUGUCGUUUCGCUAAGUCAGUUAACAUGGCUGAGCAGUCUCAACUACUUUGCAAUCGUAUUCGGAGCUUUAUUUAGCGGUUUAUUAUCCCAAUGGAUCGGGCGUCGUAACAGUUUGCUUGUGUCGACUUUUCCAUUCAUGACAUCGUGGAUAAUAUUAUACAUGUGCGGACCAAACCAGCUUUGGCCAAUAUUCUUGGGGUUAUUUGUACUCGGCAUCAGUGGUGGUAUAAUCGAAUCGCCACUUCAGAUCUACGUAACGGAGAUCAGUGAACCAAGACUUCGAAGCUCGAUGUGCGCUUCUCUGGGUGUCACCAUAAUGAUCGGUAUUUUUGUAGAAAUGCUGCUUGGUAAAUAUCUAGAUUGGCAGACACUUGCUCUUGCCAACAUUAUCUUUCCAAUACUGGCCUUGAUGUCACUGUUUUUCAUGCCAGAAAGUCCCUAUUGGCUUGCAAGCAAAGGUCGUUACGAAGAUUCUCUAAAAGCUUUAGCUUGGUUACGAGGUUGGAGUCCUGUCAGCCAAUUACCCCAACACGAGUUUCAAGACAUCGUCUCAACUGCAUCGAAGAAAACCGACAAAGCGCUCUCGAUCAAACGUUACUUCAAACGAUCGACAGUGUCAUCAUUCGCACUGGUGAGCUUCACCUUUCUGGUGAGCUGUUUCAACGGCAGUAUAUCCUUAGGAACGUGGACCAUACAGGUGUUCAAGGAAGUCAAUUCACCCAUUGAAGCUCACACUGCUGCUGUCAUUCAGUCUGCCGUUCAACUUGCCGCAACUGUCGUAAUGACUUUCAUGUUCCCGUACAUCGGCAAGAGGAAACCUACAUUGUUCUCACUCGCUACCGCUGGUCUUGCACUUUUCGUUGUUGCUAUUUACACGUAUGGCGCACAGUCGAGUACGGAGCCCAGUUGGACACCAACGAUCGGAAUACUGAUGGCAAUUGGCUUUUCAUUUUUGGGCAUUAAGCACGUGCCAUGGAUUUUAGCGGGUGAGCUAUUCUCUGGUGACGUGAGGUCUCAAAUGGCUGGUUUUCUCGCGGGUAAUUGCCAAAUUUACUCGGCUAUGGCUAACAAAUCUUUCGUUUAUAUGGAACAAUUAUUUACGUUGCCUGGUGUAUUCCUAUUUUUCGCUUUUGUCAAUUUCGUUGGAUUGGUUGUGUUGUACUAUAUUAUGCCCGAGACUGAGGGUAAAAGUCUUGCUGAGAUCGAACGACAUUCUAUUGAUCGUAAAGCUAGAAGGAAAAAAUUGGUAGCUCAGAUGUCUACGCGAGAACCCUGA